GCUUUAUAGCAUCAGACGAUGAAGAGCUAGGGUUUCGACUUUUGUUCUUCAGAGAGAUUUUUUUUGUAGAGAGAGAGAGCGAUAGAGAGUUGCAGAAAUGAGCAGGAGCUUGGGUAUACCGGUGAAGCUCUUGCAUGAAGCAGCGGGCCAUAUCGUUACGGUGGAGUUAAAGAGCGGAGAGCUCUACAGAGGAAGCAUGGUGGAGUGCGAGGAUAACUGGAACUGUCAGCUCGAGUCCAUUACUUAUACUGCCAAGGAUGGGAAGGUCUCACAGCUUGAGCAUGUCUUUAUUCGAGGCAGCAAAGUCAGGUUCAUGGUCAUUCCCGAUAUGCUAAAGAAUGCUCCUAUGUUCAAGCGAUUGGAUGCAAGAAUCAAGGCAACCAAUUAUGGCAAAGGUGCAAGCCUGGGAGUUGGCCGAGGUCGAGCAGUUGCCAUGCGAGCCAGGGCUCAGGCUGCUGGUCGUGCUACUGCACCACCUGGUAGGGGUGUUGUUCCUCCAGUAAGGAGGUAAAGCUGAGGUUGGCAGGAGUCCGUUACAUGUGAUUAUAGUGGAAUUUUGUCUCAAUAGGAGCAAAUUGUUCACAUUACUCGAGGUUUUUGUUGAAUAUUGAAGAAGAGGUGUUAAUGAUAGCUGUUUCCCUUCAUUAGUUGUUCCUAAAUGGAAGAUGGGGAUUCUUGUUCUCUCUUGGCAUGGAGCUUUCUGGAUUUGAUCUAGGAAUGCACUUGUUAAUGAAUACGGUUGCUUUUGUACAUGACCUUUGGGGUUUCAUACAUGCAAACAACUAAACUUUGAUGUG